CUUUAUUUUGUAUCAUUCAAAGAGAGGGAACCACAUCGAGGACUGGGAGGAGGGCAGAAAUUGUUCGUGAAGUUUCUGAGGAAUGUGGUAGAGCUACUGCUGAAUACGUCAAGGUUAAACAGGCUUGUCAAGGCAAAAAAUGUCUCUCUAUAUAUAAAAGAAAGAUACAGGAAAUAUAUUCACAUACAUGGGCAAUCUUGCCACUCUGACUAAUAGUCGCUCCACAGUUACUUCACUUUUGACAAAAUGGACGUGUCAAACACAACGAGAAUUGUCAUCUUGGGAAAAACUGGAUCUGGAAAAAGCAGCCUGGCUAACACCAUAUUUGGAGAGAAACUGUUCAGGAUCGGCCACACUCUAAACUCUGAAACAAGAGAAUGUCGAGCAGAAACCAAAUCCGUCAAUGGAAGAAGCAUCACAUUGAUCGACACUCCUGGUUUCUUCGACACAGACAAAUCUGAGGAGGAGCUGAAGCCUGUGAUGGUGAAGUGCAUCACAGAGUGCGCUCCUGGGCCUCAUGCUUUUCUCAUUGUGCUCAAAGUGGAGAAAUUCACCAAGCAGGAGCAGGCUGUCAUCACAGAACUAAACCAAUGCUUUUCUGAAGAAGUCUUCAAAUAUGCAACAGUUGUCUUCACUCAUGGUGACCAGCUUGAUGAAGGACAGACAAUUGAGGAUUUUGUUCACCAGAAUAAGUUAACGAGUGAGCUGGUGAAUAAGUGCGGAGGCCGCUGCCACGUUGUUGAUAAUAAAUACUGGAAGAACAACCAGCAGGAUGAAUACAGGAACAACCAGUUCCAGGUGGAGCAGCUACUUAAAACAAUAGACAAGACAUUGGAAGCAAACGAAGGAAGAUACUACACCAACGAGAUGCUACAAACAGUGGAGAAAGAAAUACAACAAGAGGAAGCGCGCAUUAGACAGUCAUCAGGACACAUGUCAGAGAAAGAGAUCAGAGAGCAGGCUAAAGACAGAGUAUCUAAGGAUCUUUUGAUCAAACUGGCAGGUAUUACGACAGGUGCAUUGUCGGGAGCUCUUUGUGGUGUAGGAUUGAUGGUUGUAAAAGUUGUCACAGUUUUAAAGAAAUCUCUGUCAGAGCCAGGACAAGCCUCAACCAAAAUAGCAGCAGUACAGCAGUAGGAGGGGCAAUAGGAGGAACAGCAGCAGCAUUAGGAUUAACAGCAGCAG